GAACCUACAGUAGUGAUUAGUCUCGUGCGGAGGACGGCGGAGUGAAAAGGCUCCAGAGUUUAGUUUAGUAAAGACCUUGUGACGUCACAGACAGCUGGAUGUGGACUUCAAAGCUGAAAUAAAACUACAAAGAGCAGCUCCACCAACCAACGACACAAAAUGAUCGUGGUUAAAGAGGAGCAGCAGGAGUGGAGCUCCAGUGUGGACCAGGAGGACCCAGAGCCCCCACACAUUAAAGAGGAAGAGGAGGAACUGUGGAGCAGUCAGGAGGGAGAGCAGCUUCAAGGGCUGGAGGAGGCUGAUAUCACCAAGUUCACAUUCACUCCUGUCCCUGUGAAGAGUGAAGAUGAUGAAGAGACACCUCAGUCUGAGGGACACCACUGUGGAGGACCACCAGGCCCACCAGCAGGACCAGGACCAGUGCCCGAAGACGGUGUAUUACCAGUGCCCAGAGAGUCUUCUGAAGCUGAGACUGACGACAGUGAUGAAGACUCAAUCGUAGCCGAGAUUGAAGUCAGUCUUGAUGACCUGGACGAGACCAGAGAACCUCAGUCAGGUUUAAACUCCCUGAAAACCGAUUCCAGACGUAGACCUGGUGAGAAACCAUUCAACUGCUCCGAGUGUGGGAAAACAUUUGGCCGCAGGACACAUCUCAAGAUCCACAUGAGAACUCACACAGGAGAGAAACCGUUCAGCUGUUCCGUCUGUGCAAAGUCCUUCACCGUUGGCGCACAUCUGCAGACGCACAUGAGAAUCCACACCGGAGAGAAACCCUUCAGCUGCUCCGAGUGCGGGAAAGCGUUUGGCAACAAGGUGGAUCUGAAGAGACACUCAACAAGUCACACAGGCCUGAAACCAUUCAGCUGCUCUGAGUGCGGGAAAAGAUUUGGCCUUAAGGCGGGUCUGAAGACGCACAUGAAAACUCACACAGGGGAGAAACCAUUCAGCUGCCCUGAGUGUGGGAAAAGGUUCAACAACAAGACUAAUAUGAAGAUCCACACGACGGUCCACUCAGGAGAGAAACUAUUCAGCUGCUCUCAGUGUGAGAAAUCUUUCACACGAAGUGGUUAUCUACAGACACACAUGAAAACGCACACUGGAGAGAAACUAUUCAGCUGCUCUGUCUGUAAGAAGUCGUUCACACGGAGCGGAUAUUUACAGACACACAUGAGGAUCCACACAGGAGAGAAACUCUUCAGCUGCUCCGUGUGCCAGAAAUCCUUCACAGGAAGUGGAUACUUAGAGACACACAUGAGAACCCACACAGGAGAGAAACCAUUCAGCUGCUCAGUGUGUGAGAAAUCGUUUACACAGAGAGGAAGUUUACAGACGCACAUGAGGACUCACACAGGAGAGAAACCCUACAGCUGCUCUGUGUGUCAGAAGUCUUUCACACAGAAGGGAAGUUUACAGCUUCACAUGGGCGUCCACACCGGAGAGAAACGAUUCAGCUGCAGUGUCUGCGGGAAGUCCUUCAGACAGCGUGACAGGUUACAGACACACAUGAGAGUCCACACAGAAGAUAAACCUUUCAGCUGCUCUGUCUGUAAGAAGACCUUCACCAGGAGCGGGCACUUACAGAUGCACACCAGGAUUCACACCGGAGAGAAACCUUUCAGCUGCUCCGACUGCGAUCUGAAAUUCACCUGGGUUUAUCAGCUCAGGAACCAUCGGUGUGUUGGCCGCCAGUCCUCACAGCACCAUAGUGGAGAAGACUGUGGAGGACCAGAACCAGACAGGAACCCAGAUCCAGAUCCAGAUUUACAGUCUGACACUGAUGACAGGAUCAGAGACGCUGUUGUAGCUGAGAUUGAAGUCAGUAUUGAUGAUUGGAAGGAGACCAGAGAACCUGACAACAGGACGGCGGAGAGUCCUGAACCUGAGGGGGACGACAGCGAGUUUUAGAAAGACGAGAAAGAAAAAACAAACUGUCAGAUUUGAACAAUUUGUGACCAUGAAGCACCACAAUGACUGUUGAGUCACAUUAUCAAAAGAAAACAGUUCAUUCUGAUUUUAUUAUUUCAUGCAGCGUCCUUAGUCAUCUGGAGCUGGACUUGUUCUUCAGGAUUCUUUCAGAACUGGGGGGGGGGGCUAGCGAUGAUGUGACAACAACAUCUGGGAAAAUACAUGAAUGAAUAUGUGAGAUGAAAACGAGAACAACAAUAAUAGUAAUAAUAAAAAGUAAGAGCUGACCAUUAUAAUCACAAAAACAGUAACAACAGUAACAAUGAGGAAAACACCAGCACAAACUACGAUUUAUAGCUUCCCAAAAAUUAAGUAGUCAUGUAGUGCACGAGCUGCGUUGUCACGCAGGUGGCAGGACCUGCUAUUCAUUCAUUCAUUCAUUCAUUCAUUCAUUCAUUCAUUCUUCAUCUAGUUUAAGACAGUGCUGUGUGUCAACACAUUAUUUUCAUUUCAUUCACAUAAUUUUGUGACGUGGUCGAUUUCUGAGGUGAUUUUAAGAUGUUAUUUAUUGACAGUGGAGAUACUUCAAGGUGUGAAUGAAUGAAAUGAAAUCAUGAUUUAUGAUUGUUUAUGGAAGUAUUUGAUGAAGUGACUCAGUAAGUCAUUUAAUUGAUUAAUGGCUGUUUGAUUAUUAGUUGUAAUCACUGAUUGAUCUUAUUUGGAAUUAAAAGAAUAAAAAUGAUUUAACACUUAUUACAAAUAUUCAAAAGGAAAAAAAUAUGAUCAAAAUAAAACAUUUAUAUGACUUAAAGAAAAGCUGUAAAUACAUUGAAUAAAUAUCUGGAACAGCCUGAGAGUGACUGUAUUAACACCAGUAUGUGACAUGGAAAAUAUAUUUUGAUUUGAUCAAAAGUCAGUGGUGCUUUAUGUUAGUUAAGACAUGGAAUUAUUGAUUGAAUCAACCUAAUGAUUGUUGAAAUUAAUGAAGAAACUGAGUCGUUCAGCGCCCUCUGCUGUCGGCUCCAGUUCAUGCAUCGGAGCCAACAGUAACUCCACUACGGAAAAAUGAAGUUAUAAUAAUCAUAAUUAUAAAAAUAAUAAUAAUAAUAAUAAUAAUAAUAAUAAUAAUAAUGCUAAUAAUAAAACCAACUCUUGAGGCGUGGCCAUGUGACAGACGCUGCAGACUCAGAGUCAGUUUGCUUCCUUCAGCCGUCAGGACACCAAAUAAAACUCAAAUCAUGUUUAUUGCUGAUCAUACUUUUAUUUGUAUUUAUUUAUUACAUGUUGAUCCUGACUGAACUUCCUGUGUCUCCUGUUUUUAUUUUCUCUGUUGGAACGAAUCACACCUUAAACAAUAACAACACAAUAAAGGCUUCAUACCCGUCUGCUUCA